GCUCUACGAAUACGCUCCUAUAACAUACGUAGAUAUAUACGUAUCCGGAUUGCGUGGGCAAAAAUAGCUUCUCUACUCACGUGAAUAUACUUCAGUUGAGGAUAUGUAAACACUAUCCCCACCAAUAGAUUCAACGUUCAGAUCUACAUUUUUGCCUGCAAAUAACUUGUGACCUCUGAAUUUUUUCCUCACAGCAAAAAUGGUGGCCAAAAGCGAUGCCCAUCGUACCGAUUACGAAUGCCAGCCCUUGAUCGAGUAUCGGACUGUCUCAGGAGUUGCAGGGCCCUUGGUUAUUUUAGAAAAAGUGAAGGGUCCAAAAUAUCAGGAGAUAGUCAACAUUAGGUUAGGGGAUGGCACGACACGUCGAGGUCAGGUUCUGGAAGUUGAUGGUGAAAGGGCUGUUGUGCAGGUCUUUGAAGGGACAUCAGGAAUUGAUAAUAAGCACACCACCAUUCAAUUCACAGGAGAGGUUUUGAAGACACCUGUAUCUUUGGACGUGCUUGGGCGCAUAUUUAAUGGGUCUGGAAAGCCUAUUGACAAUGGUCCUGCCAUAUUGCCAGAGGCCUACUUGGAUAUUUCAGGUAGUUCUAUCAAUCCAAGUGAAAGAACUUAUCCAGAAGAGAUGAUCCAAACUGGAAUUUCUACAAUAGAUGUGAUGAACUCCAUUGCUCGUGGUCAGAAGAUUCCUCUUUUUUCUGCAGCUGGUUUACCACAUAAUGACAUUGCUGCUCAAAUUUGUAGACAAGCAGGGCUUGUGAAAAGAUUGGAGAAAUCUGAGAAUUUGUUAGAGGCUGACGGAGGAGACAACUUUGCUAUAGUUUUUGCAGCAAUGGGAGUUAACAUGGAAACUGCUCAAUUUUUCAAACGUGACUUUGAAGAAAAUGGGUCUAUGGAAAGAGUUACUCUGUUUUUGAACUUGGCAAAUGAUCCAACUAUUGAGCGUAUCAUUACACCUAGGAUUGCUUUGACGACAGCAGAAUAUCUUGCAUAUGAAUGUGGAAAACACGUUUUGGUCAUAUUGACAGACAUGAGCUCAUAUGCAGAUGCUUUACGUGAAGUUUCUGCUGCACGUGAAGAAGUGCCUGGUCGUCGUGGUUAUCCUGGAUACAUGUAUACAGACUUGGCAACCAUUUAUGAACGAGCAGGUCGUAUUGAAGGCCGCAAAGGAUCCAUUACUCAGAUUCCCAUCCUUACCAUGCCGAAUGAUGAUAUCACACACCCAAUACCCGAUCUUACUGGUUAUAUUACAGAAGGCCAGAUAUAUGUUGAUAGGCAACUUCACAAUCGGCAGAUUUACCCACCCAUUAAUGUCCUUCCAUCUCUAUCACGUUUGAUGAAGAGUGCUAUAGGUGAAGGGAUGACUCGACGUGAUCAUGCAGAUGUUUCAAAUCAGUUAUAUGCAAAUUAUGCAAUUGGAAAAGAUGUGCAAGCAAUGAAGGCUGUUGUUGGUGAAGAAGCUCUGUCUCCAGAGGAUCUGCUGUACCUUGAGUUUUUGGACAAGUUUGAACGCAAGUUUGUUACACAAGGAGCAUAUGAUACCCGUGACAUCUAUCAAUCUUUGGAUCUGGCAUGGACACUUCUACGGAUCUUCCCACGAGAGCUGCUUCAUCGUAUACCUGCAAAGACUUUAGAUCUGUUCUAUAGUAGGGAUUCUGCUCAUUGAGUCUUGAUGUCAAAAUUUUCCAAGCAUUAGCAACAACACUAUUCCUAAUCUUGUAAUAUUAAAUGAUAGGGAUGAGGAUAUACUAUUUCAAUUAAAAUUUAUGCAACGAGUUAAAAAUCUUUUGAGACAUCCAAGCUAGGAAUAAUUUAUUAACUGUCAAGAUAGUUUUA